AUGGUGAAAGGGUUGUUGAGUAUCAACCCAAAUGUUUGGUGUGUUGCUGACCAUGAUGGAAGAACCCCUCUUCACCUUGCAGCGAUUAAUGGCCGGAUUGAUAUCAUGAAAGAGUUGAUUCAAGCACGACCUGAGGUCAUUCAUGUCAAGGUUGAUAGGGGAGAAACCAUCAUACACUUGUGUGUGAAAUACAACCGUUUGGAGGCACUGAAACUGAUAUUGGAAUCAACAAGUGACAAAGAAGAGCUCCUCAAUUCUAAAGAUGAUGAUGGCAACACUGCUUUGCAUCUUGCUACGUCUAAGAAACAGACGAAGUUCUUGUGUUUCUUCGUGCUGAUGGCCAUGCUGAAAGUAGGGAAUUGGCUUGAUCAUGGAAUCAAGUUGUUGCUGGAUAAAAACAGAGUCGAGGUAAAUGCAUUGAAUGGGAGUGGUCUUACAGCAUUGGAUGUCUUGACACAAUCUCCACGAGACAUGAAAGAUAUGGAUAUUGGAGAGUCCCUAAGGGCUGCAGGAGCAUUAAGAGCCAGGAAUAUUAUUACAUCGUCUGUAGUAAAUAAUAGUAACAAAACUCUGACGGACAUAACAGGAACUAACACAUUAAUCUCCUCAUCACAGACGCAAUCCCCUGACAAAUAUGAGGAGUGGUUAAAGACGAACAAGGAUUCAUUAAUGAUAGUGUCAACUGUGAUUGCUACCAUGGCUUUCCAAGCGAUAUUGAGUCCUCCAGGUGGUGUUUGGCAAGAUGACCAUAACUAUAAAGCUGGUAAAUCUAUACUGGCAAACAAGAACUUUGGACUUUACUCUGCAUUCUUAACUUUCAACACAAUUUCUUUGGUUGGGUCUAUGAGUAUUACACUUUUGCUCAUAAGUGGAUUACCAUUGAGGCAUAAGUUUUUGAUGUGGAUAUUAAUACCUCUUCGCAGCCAUGCCAAUCAGCCUGAAGUGGUUGUGGAACCUGUUACGGAUGGGGCAGUGCUAGCUACUGUUAGGGAUUCUAAGAUUGUGGUUGAAGGUAUUACUACGAGUAAGAUCUUCUACUCUACAGUCAUGGGAGGAGGGCUACCGAAGAUUGAUGAUUUGCCGGAACCAAUUCUAGUUGGGUCAUUAACUACAGUCGUCAUUCCACAAGAGGCUUACAAGGAACGCCUAGAGAGGUUUCAAUUUGCUUUAAUAGGGAGAACAAAUUUCAGAUUUGUCUCCAUGGAUGUUAUUCGAAGGGAGGCCAGAGAAUCAUGGUCCUUGAAUGGUAGGUUUGCCUAA